AUGCCUGGCUUUUUAUCCUUACCCAGUGAGCUCCGCGACAUCAUACUGGACUACGUCGCUCGGGGAGACAAAAUGGUACUGCAAUGUACUACGCACCCUCCGCGCUUGCUUCCCAGCUCUGGCAUGUUCCUAGCCUCAAAGCAGCUUCAUAUCGAGUAUCAAGAAAUCCUGGACAAGGUGGACCGUUCGAACAUCAACGCAUACCACAUUCGCUAUGAGGUCUUCCUGCAUGAAACGAACCACGCAAUCAGCCGAGACCUACCUGCGAUCAUCAAGUUCGCAGAAGAUCUCUACAUUGAUCUUAUCUACGACUGCUCCGGGCUGGACAUGACACCAGAGUUGGAUCCGCUCGCCUGUACGAGCAGCACCAUGGCAUGGCCGAGGAGCAGAAGUGUUCGAAACCAAUUCCUCCAGAUUCGGCGGAAUAUGUGCGAACGCUUUAUCCUACAAGGAGCUCGUUAUCACGAAGAUCUGGCACUGAAGCGUCUUGCUGUCCACAUCUCCUUUCGAGGCAUUCCUUCCCAAGAAGCCGGAGUUGCCGCCAUGUUGAUGCGUUUGGGAGCUGAACUGAGCCAGGCCUUGAUUCACAGUGUACCCCAGAGUGUGGUCUCUGCGUCUGUACUAGGACCCGGCGGUGUUGGCCAUUAUGUGGGGAGGAGAUACAAAACCACGACAUCGACCGCUCGCAUUCGCAGAGGAGUGCUGUACACUGGUGGCAUUCCUGAGUGGGCAGAGCUGCUGACAGAGCGCAAGGCCACACGUUCGGUCUCUUUGGAGUUGGUCGCCAGAGACCGCAAGAGAGAUACGGGCGAGCAGACCGAAAUGCACAAAGCUAUUAGUCGCGCUCAAAUCAAGACCGAUGUCGAUUGGUGGGUGAAUGAAAACAAACAGGCCACGCCAUCGAGAGAAUCAGACAGCGUCUCCCUUCGCCAACAAUCUCGUGAGAUCUUGUCAAACCCUUUUGCGGUUUUGGAGGAAUCAUGUGGAGGCGAAUAA